GAUAUAAAAAGAAAAUAAAAAAUGUUCUCCCGACUACGAGUAGCUGCCACUCCCUGUGCCAUGGCAUGUCGUGGGGCACAUACGAAAGAAAAAGGCAAGCCACUGAUGUUAAACCCCCGAACAAACAAGGGUAUGGCAUUUACAUUACAUGAACGACAGAUGCUUGGGUUGCAAGGACUUCUACCUCCUAAAAUAGAGACACAGGACAUUCAAGCCUUACGUUUCCAUAAGAAUUUGGCAAAAAUGACUGACCCCUUGGAAAAGUAUAUUUACAUAAUGGGAAUCCAAGAGAGAAAUGAAAAAUUAUUCUACAGGGUGUUACAAGAUGAUAUUGAGCGCUUAAUGCCAAUUGUAUAUACACCAACUGUAGGCCUGGCCUGCUCCCAGUAUGGACACAUCUUCAGGAGACCAAAAGGAUUAUUUAUUUCUAUCUCGGACAGAGGCCAUAUAAGGUCAAUUGUGAACAACUGGCCAGAGAAUGACGUUAAGGCUGUUGUCGUCACUGACGGAGAAAGAAUAUUAGGUCUUGGAGACCUGGGUGUGUAUGGGAUGGGAAUUCCAGUAGGAAAACUGUGUUUGUAUACAGCCUGUGCAGGAAUACAUCCAGAUAAAUGCUUGCCCGUGUGCAUCGACGUUGGAACUGAUAAUACAACACUCUUAAAAGAUCCAUUUUAUAUGGGCCUAUACCAAAAGAGGGAUCGCUCACAGGUCUACGAUGACCUAAUUGAUGAAUUUAUGGAAGCCAUUACAGACAGGUAUGGCCAGAACACACUUAUCCAAUUUGAAGACUUUGGAAACCACAACGCUUUUCGUUUUUUAAGAAAAUACAGAGAGAAAUAUUGUACCUUCAAUGAUGAUAUUCAAGGGACAGCUUCAGUGGCCUUGGCAGGACUGCUGGCAGCGCAGAAGGCCACUGGUAGACCACUUGCAGAGCAGAAAGUGCUGUUCCUUGGAGCAGGAGAGCCUGAGCAGCUUGUGCAGGGAGCCAAGGAAAGGGACGUGGAGGGAAACACUGUCAGCAUCUACCUUCUGCCCUCUGCCUGCAAGGCCUUUAUCGCAGGGAGAGGUUUGGGAAGUGUUUUGCUGAUUAAGGAUACCGAUUAA